CUUUAAUUUGGGUUUUUUUGGUUGAAAAAAGGGAGAAUUUUUGGAACUCCAAUUCACCCCCCUCUUGGAGUACAUUGAGUCAACAAUUGGUAUCAGAGCAAGGGCUCCAAUUUGAAGGUUUAACCACCUAGGAGUUGAUCGGGGAUGGCUCAAUUCCUAUCUUCUCAACCACUUGAAGGUUUGUCUACCACUAGGCCUCCUUUCUUUGAUGGGACUAACUAUAAUUAUUGGAAGAAUAGGAUGAAGGUCUUCAUGCUUGCAAAUGUGCCCACGGCAUGGAUUGUGACUAUUAAAGGUCCAUAUGUACCUAUGAAAGUUGUUGGAGAAAGAGAGGUGCCAAAGGAAGAAGUUGAAUGGAAUGAUGAAGACUUGGGGAAGAUCAUGAUCAACAACAAAGCAAUCAACAUGCUUCAAUGUGCUCUCAAUCCAACGGAAUUCCAUAGAGUAUCCGGAUGUGAUACGGCCAAGGAGAUGUGGGACAUGUUGGAGGUAACACAUGAAGGGACAAGCCAAGUGAAGGAGUCAAAAAUCAAUAGAGUCAUUUACAUGUAUGAGCUUUUCAAGAUGAAACCGAAGGAGAGCAUUCAAGAUAUGUAUACAAGAUUGAAUGAUAUAGUCACCAAUCUCAAGGCUCUUGGUAAAGUCUAUCCUUCUCAAGAAGUGGUGAGGAAAGUUCUUAGAAGCUUGCCUAAGAAUUGGGAAGCCAAGAAGACCGCAAUUGAAGAGUCUAAGGAUCUCAACACUCUCAAGCUUGAAGAUCUCAUUGGAAAAUUGAUGACAUAUGAGAUAGAAGUUCAAGUUGAUGGUGGAGUUGAAGUAGUUGAGAAGAAGAAGAAGGAUGUUGCAUUCAAGGCUAGCAACCAAAAGGAAAAACGUGAAGAUGAUGCUAGUGAUGGUGAAAACAUCUCCACCUUGAUCUCUAAAGAAGUGAGGAGAUUCAUGAAAAAGAACAUCAAGAGCAAGCUUGCAAAAAGAGAUGAAGGAGAGUCUACCAAAAGGAGUGUGAAAUGCUAUGAGUGCAACAAGAUGGGGCACUAUAGAAAUGAAUGUCCCAAUUUGAAGAAAGGCAAGAAGAGCAUGAAGAAGAAAGCUUUUGUUGCCACUUGGAGUGAUGAUGAGACUAGCUCAACGGAAAGUGAAAGCUCCUUGGAGAAAGGUGUUACAAAUCUUUGCUUCAUGGCUCAAGAGGAUAGCAACCAUGGUGAGGAGGUAAACUCUAACUUCUAUAGUUCAAUUAAUGAAAGUUCAUUUGAGUAUUCUUAUGAUGAUUUAUGCAAAGUUCUUGACUGCUCUAUGAAUGACAUUAAAAAACUAGGAAAUGAGAAUAUUGCUCUUACUAAAACCAUUUCAUUGCUUAGGAAUGAAAUUGAAUCUCUCUCAAAACGAAAUGAGGUUUUAGUUAAAGAGAAUGCCUCUUUAAAUGAUGAGAUUGCUUCUUUAGAGAAUGAGUCCAAUAAUGCUUUGAAAAAGGAAAAGUUGAUGGCAAAGUCACUAAGGAAAGCAUAGUAGAUCUUAAAAGGACUUAUGCCUCAACAAGAAUGUUGGAGUGGAAGUGCAAAGGAAAUUUGUUUUUGAAUGCUCCACUCAUGUGCUCAAAUUGGUAUUAUUUAUUUUAUUGCAUUUAUUCAUUGAGUAUAAUUACUUCAAUUUGUUUAUAUGUGUUCACUCUUUGAUAUAUAUGCUUGUUGAAUAUGAUAUCAUUUGAUGUGAUUAUUAAAAUUUAUGCAAAUUA